AUGACUCAGAAACAGAAGAAACGUGGAAUUAUCAGGAACGAGAUACAGGAGAAGAUGUUUGCAAAGGAAGCGCGUCUGGAAGAAAACAAUGGACCACGCUACUUAAUACUGACUCGUACAGAUGAAGCUGAAACAAUGGAGAAGGUGUCGCCAUUUUUCAUUGAAAAGGCAAUUGAUCAAAUCACUCCCAACGUUACAAUUAGUCGGAUGCGAGAAGGGAAACUGAUGUUAAAGUCAGUGGAUAGACAACAGGCGGAAAAAUUGUUGAAACAAACAGUUCUGGGUGGAAAGUAUGGUAUCAAGAUCGAACAUACAACCCUCAAUUUUACGAAGGGAGUGAUAAACUGUCGCGACUUCAAGUACCUCAAAGAUGAUGAAAUCUUGGAAGAACUUAAAGCCAAACACGUGAUUGAAAUCAGACGGUUCAAGGAUCGCAUCAUGGACGGAAAAUCGAUACCAUCAUCUUCUUUCGUACUAACUUUCAACCUGGGACAACUACCAACAACUAUAAACAUCGGUUUCUACAACUGCAGAGUGAAACAGUAUGUUCCGUCUCCUUUGAGAUGCUUUAACUGCCUUCAGUUUGGCCACAGUAAAAAACGUUGCAGAGGAAACCGGAUCUGUGCUAAAUGCGCGAAUCUCUGCCACGAAGGAAGCUGUUCAACACUAGUAGUAUGUGUGAAUUGCCGUCAAGAACACCAUGCUCUUUCGAAGAAAUGCCCAAUUUACGAAGAUGAAUGUGAGAUCCAGAAACUAAGAGUAACUGAGAAGAUCUCCAUACGAGAAGCCCACCCGUAA